UUAUAUUUGAUAUAUAGUAACACAAUGAUCUUCUUAGUCCUACAAUUAUUUAAAAAUAAAACAUUGGGACUAUCAUUAUUAUUAAUUUGCACAUUCCUUCUUAUUGAUGCAGUUGAAAGAGAUUUAUUUAAAACAUGUGAACAAAGUAGCUUCUGCAGACGUUGUAGAAAAGUGGAACCUAAUAAAACACCAUAUCAACUUUUACCUGAUACAUUGGUUCAAAAUGAAUCCACUAUAGAUAUAGAUUUGUUUAAUAAGGAUACAAGAGUUCAUUAUGUAUUGCAAUUAACCGCAUUAAAGGACAAUACAUUCAGACUUCAUAUCAAUGAAAAAAAUCCACAUCAUCCAAGAUAUGUGCCUGAACAUGCUCUUCAAGAUCAACCACAAACAUUUAAAAUAAAUUUAAUUGAGAAAACUGCAGAUCAUGUAACUGUAACUAGUGGAGAAAACAAAGUUAUAUUAUAUGCUAAUCCAUUUAGAGUAGAUUUAUAUUCUCAGAAUGUAUUAGCUAUAUCAGCAAAUGCAAGAGGUCUUAUGAGAUUUGAACAUCAUCGUACAAAACCUAAUAAACCAGAGCAAGAGGAAAAUGCUGAAAAUAUUGAAAUAUCUAAUGAUAAAGCUCUAGGUGAUGGUGCAGAUGAUGAUCCAGGUGCUUGGGAGGAAAGCUUUAAAACUUUCCAUGAUUCAAAACCUUUUGGCCCAGAAGCAGUUGCUUUGGACUUUAGCUUCCCUGGCGCUGAGCAUGCAUACGGCAUACCAGAACAUGCAGAUUCUUUUCCUUUAAAGUCUACAAAACAAAAUCAUCCUUAUAGGUUAUACAACUUAGAUGUGUUUAAAUAUGAAGUAAAUGAGAGAAUGUCACUUUACGGAGCAAUACCUGUUCUUUAUGCUCAUGGUAAAGAAAGAACAACUGGUAUCUUUUGGCAUAAUGCUGCAGAAACAUGGGUUGAUAUUCUAUCAAGUGCAGAUAAUAAUGUUGUUGAAAGUCUUGUAAACUUCGUAUCUCGUUCUACUAAAGAAUUACAAGUAGAUGCCCAUUUUAUGUCAGAAACUGGUGUAAUUGAUGUGUUCUUUAUGUUAGGCCCUAAGCCUUUAGAUGUAUUCAAACAAUACACAAUAUUAACUGGUACAGCACCUUUACCACAAAUGUUUACUUUAGGAUACCAUCAAAGUCGUUGGAAUUACAAUGAUCAAGAUGAUGUUACACAAACAGCAGAAAAUUUCGAUGUACAUGAUUUACCCUUGGAUGUUAUGUGGCUAGAUAUUGAGUACACUGAAGAUAAAAAGUAUUUUACGUGGGACGGACGAAAGUUCCCUAAUCCUAUAGAAAUGAUACAUAAGUUAAGUGCAAAAGGUAGGAAAUUGGUUAUAAUAAUAGAUCCACAUAUUAAACGUGACCCUAGCUACUUUAUCCAUAAUGAAGCCACAAAAAUGGGUUAUUAUAUUAAAACCAGAGAUGGAAAAGAUUACGAGGGUUGGUGUUGGCCAGGAGCAACCUCUUACUUAGACUUUUUUGAUCCAAUGGUCCAAGAAUAUUAUAUUACUCAAUAUAGUUUGGAUAAAUUUCAUGGUACCACUAAUGAUGUAUACAUCUGGAAUGAUAUGAACGAACCAAGCGUAUUUAACGGUCCUGAGAUAACUCUGCCGAAAGAUGUAGUUCAUUAUGGCGGUUGGGAGCACAGAAGUGUUCACAAUAUUAAUGGACUUCUUUUCUCUAUGUGCACAUAUGAAGCUUUGUUUAGGAGGUCAGGAGGCACACUACGACCAUUUGUACUGACAAGAUCUUUCUUUGCGGGAUCACAACGUCACGCGACUGUGUGGACUGGUGAUAAUAUGGCCGAUUGGGAUCAUCUACGUAUAUCUUAUCCAAUGUGUCUAUCUAUAGCUAUUUCUGGGAUAUCAUUCUGUGGAUCAGAUGUUGCAGGAUUUUUUAAAAAUCCGGAUUCUGAACUAUUCAUAAGGUGGAAUCAAGCCGGAGCUUGGCUUCCCUUUUACCGUCAGCAUUCUCAUAUUGAAACUAAACGACGCGAACCUUGGGUGUUUAAUGAAGAAACUGUUCAAAUCGUCAGAGAGGCUUUCAGAAUGAGAUAUUCAUACCUGGCAAUCGAUGAUGAAAUAUUAAUUGGCGACUCUAUACUUGUACGUCCGGUCUUUCAACCAUCUGUCACAGAUGUUAAUGUAUAUUUCCCUGGAGAAGGCAAAGUAAGUUGGUAUGAUGUUGAUACCAUGCAACCAUAUCACCAACCAGGCAUAGUUAAUGUUCCAGUAACUCUUCAUAAGAUACCGGUAUUCCAAAGAGGCGGUUCUAUUGUUCCACGUAAAAUGAGAAUACGUCGUAGUACAGUUGCAAUGAAAAAUGAUCCGUAUACUUUGGUAGUUAUCGCAGAUUCUGCUGGUAAAGCUAAUGGCACGUUGUACAUUGACGAUGAAGCCAGCUUUGAAUAUCGUCAUGGAAAAUACUUGUAUCUGAGACUUAGUUUUGAAGAAAAUAGAUUAUCCUCAACGUUCAUAGACAAAUUAACUUCAUAUCAAACAGAAAGUUGGUUGGAAAGGGUAGAUAUUGCAAAUCCACCCAAAGGAGUUAAAUCUGCUGUAUUAAAAUCACACAAUUCAGCAAAAGUCAAUUUGGAAACUAAAUACAAUCCAAAUAACAAUGUAUUAACCGUGCGUAAGCCGGGUGUAAAUAUGGGAGAAGAAUGGACCAUUGAAUUAAUCCACUAGAAUUACAAUUUUAUUCGUCAUAAAUUCAAUAAUCAUACAUUAAUGCCAAUUUUCUAUUAUUCAUGUACUUUUGUCAACUAUAUAUGAUCAAAAUGUCAUUGUAUACUGUA